CAUCGAUCCCCGUCAGUAGUAUGGACGGUUGAGAUCCAUUAUCCGCUCGGUAUCCUUCCUUUCCUCAAAAACGUGGUGUUUACUAUUGCGGCUGCAGUAAUAUCUCCGCCGUCGGCGAUCUAAACGCAAUCGAGAGAGCGAGAUAGCACAAUGGGUUUGCAGGAAGAGUUUGAAGAAUAUGCUGAAAAGGCUAAAACGUUACCGGAUACGACUACUAAUGAGAACAAAUUGAUUUUAUAUGGACUGUUCAAGCAAGCAACUGUUGGACCAGUGAAUACUAGCCGACCUGGAAUAUUCAAUUUAAGGGACAGAGCUAAAUGGGACGCUUGGAAGGCUGUUGAAGGAAAGUCGAAGGAGGAGGCCAUGACCGACUACAUCGCCAAGGUUAAGCAAUUGCUCGAAGAGGCUUCCUCCGCGGCCUAAAGCCUAACCACUCGGGGUAUAGAUUUACCGAACCAAAACAACUUGCUCUAUGUAAUAAUGUUAUAUAAAAAAAAAACUACCUUCCAACAUCAGCCAUGAGCUUAGAAUGGUCUUCGUGGGUGUUGUAACUUGUUAUAGACUCUCUCUUUGGUUAGUUUUGGAGAAAACUCAUACACUCCCUUAUUUAUUA